AUGUCGCUGUCCGCUUUACUCAACGACGACGACGAGGGCAGGUCGGCCGCUCCAGGGACGGUGACCGCUCCAGUGCCCGUGCAGACGCGAGGGGAGUACCUCUCCGAGUUGCAAGAGUCGAUGGCGCGGGCGUUGGGGAGGGACGCUAGAGAGUUGGCUCGACAGGACUGGCAGUACGCGACUUUCCAAGAGUUCGAGUUGGUCAGCGAGUGGAACUUGCAAUCGAGAGGGAUCGGUGACGGCGGUGUUGCUCAGUUGUACACUGGGAUGAGGGACGUGAGGGAUAAAUGGGAGCGGUACUGGCUGUACAAGAGGAGACGGGACAAGUUGGUGCAUGUGGCACCGAGGCUUAUUGCACAGGAGCUGGCACAGGGCGGUGCAGGAGGCAGGAAGAGACGGAGAAGGCGUGCGGGUGGGGUCAGUGUGAGUGCCCCAGUGAGUGAGACUGUUCCCUUGCGGGAACAGUCUCCGGAACACUCUCCCGAGUCUUCCGACACAGACGAACAAGAAUUCGUCGAAUCGGACGACUCGGAGAAGGACGGCGAUUUCACAAUAGGGUACCAGAAGAAGAAGAAAAGACCUGCAAUCAAGAACGUCGUCGUGGAGGGCCCUGAACCCGCUGGUGAAAAGAAACCUAAGCAGCCAGUAACACUAGACAGUGAGAAACCUCUUAUCGUAAGGGAGUUGGCGCGUCUGUGCCACAAGAAUAAAGUCGCCAAGGCGAAGAAAAGGAGGUUUACAAACCUCGUAGUCACAGAUUAUACACCAGGGACGGAGGCACUCACCGUUAAGAUCACUUUGAAACAGUACCAUUCCAAGAGACUACAAAGGAUAGUCAACGAGGAGAAAAGAUUGAAAUUGAAGGAGGAGGAGGCGAAAUUAACCGUUCCUACAGGUGACUCGCAACCAUCCUCGACAAACGCAUCUCCUGCAAAACGCAGAGGUGAACAGGACACCACUGGUACUAUUGCAAAUGCGGAACUUGUUUCAGAGACGGCUGCAACGCCAGGCCCAGAGAGAAGACCCACGCACGACUUGCCCACAUACGGACUCAAGAUGUCCGCAAAGGAUGCACGUGCAGUACAGAGACACUACGACAAUUUGUACAUUACCAUCUGGAAGGAUAUGGCAAGGAGGGACUCCAACAGGAUGCUCCGGAUGUUGCAACAGAUCCACUCGGUCAGGUCCACGAAUUUCAAGAAAACUUCUUCGUUGUGUGCAAGGGAGGCAAGGAAGUGGCAGUCCAGGAACUUUAAACAGGUCAAGGAUUUCCAAACGAGAGCGAGGCGUGGGAUCAGAGAGAUGGCCAACUACUGGAAGAAGACGGAGCGUGAGGAACGCGAGAACAAAAAGAGGGCAGAGAAGAUCGCAUUGGAACAGGCGAAACGCGACGAGGAACACAAGGAGUCCAAGAGACAGACGAAGAAAUUGAACUUCUUGCUCACACAAACAGAACUGUACUCGCAUUUCAUCGGGAGAAAGAUCAAAACGAACGAAAUGGAGGGCGGGGACGCUCACGCGCACAGCAACGACGACGAUAUCGACUUGGAAACGACAGCGGCAGACAGGAGGAACCAACUCCACGAGAUAGAUUUCGACAACGAAGACGAUGAGCAACUCAAACUGCGUGCAGCGGAGAACGCAUCAAACGUGCUGGCAAAGACAAGAGCGCAGGCAAGAGCCUUCGACGAGCACAAGGUGGCUACAGAGGACGGCGGUGAGGAGGAGGAGGAGGAACUAAACUUCCAGAACCCAACGUCCCUCGGGGACAUCAGCCUCGACCAACCGAAACUGCUUGCGUGCACUUUGAAGGAGUACCAACUCAAGGGACUCAACUGGCUGGCAAACCUCUACGACCAAGGUAUCAACGGUAUCCUCGCAGACGAGAUGGGUCUGGGCAAAACAGUACAGUCGAUCUCAGUUCUGGCUCAUUUGGCAGAACAUCACAACAUAUGGGGGCCAUUCCUUGUCGUCACUCCAGCGUCGACUCUGCAUAACUGGAUCAAUGAAAUUAGCAAGUUCGUCCCGGAUUUCAAAAUUUUGCCCUACUGGGGGAACGCCAACGACAGGAAAGUCCUCAGGAAAUUUUGGGACAGAAGGAACCUCAGGUAUGGCAGGGACGCUCCCUUUCACGUCAUGGUCACUUCGUACCAAAUGGUCGUCUCGGACGUAAGCUACCUCCAGAAGAUGAGAUGGCAGUAUAUGAUCCUCGACGAGGCACAAGCGAUCAAGUCCUCCCAGUCGUCCAGGUGGAAAAACUUACUCAGCUUCCACUGCCGUAACAGAUUACUCUUGACAGGUACACCCAUCCAGAACAACAUGCAGGAAUUGUGGGCACUGCUCCAUUUCAUCAUGCCCUCACUCUUCGACUCGCACGACGAGUUCAGUGAAUGGUUCUCAAAGGACAUUGAAUCGCACGCAGAGGGGAACAGUAAGCUCAACCAGCAGCAACUGAGACGGCUCCACAUGAUACUGAAACCGUUCAUGCUUAGAAGAAUAAAGAAAAACGUGCAAUCGGAACUGGGGGACAAGAUCGAGAUUGAUGUCCUGUGUGACCUAACGCAGAGACAGACAAAACUGUACAAAGUACUUAAGUCUCAAGUGUCCUCCAACUACGACGCCAUCGAAAACGCAGCAGGUGGCGACGAAACCGCGGGGGAUCAAAGCAUCAUGAACGCCGUCAUGCAGUUCAGAAAAGUGUGUAACCACCCUGACUUGUUUGAAAGAGCAGACGUGGAAUCGCCGUUCUCGUUCGUCACAUUCGGUAAAACAAAUUCCUUGGCAAGAGGCGCAUCGACUUUUACCAACAUUGGCGGCGUCAACACAAUGAACAACAGCAGUAGUACCAGCGUGAACAAUCUGGGUGCAGUAAACGGGGGCAGCAACGUUACCGUCCCUAAUUACGUGACUCUCAGCGAUGUGGUCUACUCGGCUCGAAACCCGAUCACUUUCCACCUACCAAGAUUGGUCUAUGAUGAAAUUGUCGCACCAAAUUACAGAAGCAACAACGAACUGCUGAGCAAGAUUAUUGGACACACAUUUGACAUUUACCACCCAAGUAAUAACAGGGAGCUGGCCGGUGAACUAGCACGCUUGACUGGCUUGGCAACAGGAGAUAUAUCCAAACUACACCACGCAUCCAUAAUAGAUCGUAUCAUCGAUACGGAACCUGAGGAGUCUCUUAAACAGACUAACUUUGAUAAGAGCCUGUUGAUUUUGGACAAGCCGUCUCAACUGUACAACUUGUCGAAGCAAACCACAGACAACGUACUGUCAUCUCUGUUGGACAUUAGACAGCACGCCUACCACGCGGACUAUCUCAACACCAUCCAUAGAAGCUAUCACGACGCAGCAGCAGCUACACCCAUUCACUUGGAUGUACAAGGCUCUAGUAACGCUACUGAUAGAAAGAUGAGAGAACUGUUUGAUCCAAAGGUUUCUCAAGCAUUUUCCGAGAUCCCGCCGAUCAUCCAGUAUAACAUGCAUGUGAAAAAGCAUAUCCCUCUUGAUGUUUUCCCCAAGUCUGAGAUGUUCCCAGCACCACUGAACAAAACUUUCUCGUCUACUAUCUCCAUGCCCUCGAUGGACCGUUUCAUAACCGACUCUGCCAAACUGAAGAAACUCGACGAGAUGCUGCCGAUAUUGAAGGCGCAGGGCCAUAGGGUUUUGAUCUACUUUCAAAUGACAAAAAUGAUGGAUUUGAUGGAAGAGUACUUGACCUACAGACAGUACAAACACAUCAGACUGGACGGUUCGUCAAAACUGGAGGACCGUCGUGAUUUGGUCCACGACUGGCAGACCAAGCAGGAGAUAUUUGUGUUCCUGCUGAGUACGAGGGCAGGUGGGCUGGGUAUUAACCUAACCGCGGCAGAUACCGUGGUCUUCUACGACUCGGACUGGAACCCUACUAUUGAUUCGCAGGCCAUGGAUAGAGCUCAUAGACUCGGGCAGACAAGACAAGUCACCGUUUAUAGAUUGUUGGUGAGAGGAACUAUCGAGGAGAGAAUGAGGGAUAGGGCCAAGCAAAAGGAACAAGUACAACAGGUGGUUAUGGAGGGGAAGGCUCAGGAUCACCACGUGAAGACUAUUGAGGCAACCGCAAAAAUAGGCGAGACAGCAACCUGA